AUUUCAAGAGUCACGUUUGACUGCAGUAGUGAAAUGACUAACAACAAGUGUUUUAUAUACACGUAAUUACAUUUUUCUUAAUGUUGUGGCAGUCAACUUGUGCAAGUGAAAUGCGUUUAUUUAGUGGUUUAGUUACAAUUUUUGUGGUGCUCGCGUUGAGCUUGCGAGCACAGCAAAUCCAAGCCGCCUGUGGCUAUGCGAGUUGUCCAGCGGGAAAAUCGAAUAUGAUUAAUGUCCAUUUGGUACCACACUCUCAUGAUGAUGUCGGCUGGCUAAAGACUGUCGAUCAAUAUUAUUAUGGAUCACGUAAUAACAUACAACAAGCCGGCGUAGAGUAUAUACUCGAUAAUGUGAUACAAGAGCUGCUGAAAAACGCUAAUAGACGCUUUAUUUACGUCGAAUCCGCGUUCUUUUUUAAAUGGUACAACGAACAAACUGCCGCCAUGAAAUCGGAUGUUAAGAAAUUGGUCAACAGCGGACGUUUAGAGUUCGCUGGCGGCGCUUGGUCAAUGAAUGAUGAGGCGGCUGUGCAUUACCAGUCUGUUGUAGAUCAAUUUACAAUCGGUUUGAAGCAACUGCAGGAUACUUUUGGUACCUGCGGGCGCCCACAUGUUGGCUGGCAAAUUGAUCCUUUCGGACAUUCCCGUGAAAUGGCGUCUCUUUUCGCACAAAUGGGUUUCGAUGGACAGUUUUUUGCUCGUAUGGAUUGGGUGGAGAAGGGAGAGCGCUUAAGAAAUUUAACUGCCGAAAUGAUAUGGAAAGCCAGUGCAGAUCUUGGCACAAGUGCUGAGCUUUUUACAGGUUUACUAUACCAGCACUACUCGGCGCCACCUGGUUUCUGCUUCGAUACACUUUGUUCCGAUGCACCCAUCAUUGAUGGCGAUAGCUAUGAUAAUAAUGUGAAGGAGAGGGUUGACACUUUCAUCGAAUACAUAUACAAUGUGACCAAGAAUUAUCGUUCCUCCCACGUUCUCAUUCCCAUGGGCGAUGACUUUAACUAUCAGAAUGCGGCGAUGAAUUUUAAAAAUAUGGACAAGUUGAUUAAAUACGCCAACGAGCGCCAAUCGCUUGGCUCUAAAGUAAACCUCUUUUAUUCCACACCCGCCUGCUACUUGAAAGCCAUACAUGAAGAUCCGCUCACCUGGCCACUGAAAACUGAAGACUUCUUACCCUACUCGACUGAUUGGCACACUUACUGGUCCGGCUAUUACAGUUCACGUCCUACACAAAAACGCUUCGAACGCGAUGGUAAUCAUUUCUUGCAGGUCACCAAGCAGCUCACCACGUUUGCUAACCUCACCGGCACCAGUGCAGAUAGCAAUUUGGACAAGCUUCGACAUGCCAUGGGCGUCAUGCAACAUCAUGAUGCCAUCACCGGCACCGAAAAACAACAUGUGGCACAAGAUUAUGAUCGUUUACUGGCUGCGGCUAUUGAGUCGGCACAAACGAAUGCUCGUUUGGCGCUGCAGCGACUAACGAAUCUUACAAAUGGCGAGUUUGUCAGCUGCCUGCAGUUAAAUAUCAGUGUCUGUGAAUUUACUAAAGAUGGUGCGAAUCAAGUUGUGGUGACCUUGUUCAAUCCACUGGCUCGUCCAUCUACACAAUAUGUACGAGUGCCGGUGAAAAAUGAGGCUUACAUUGUGACUGACGAUAGCGGUCGUGUGGUGCCAUCCGAUUUGCUACCCAUCCCCAAUGAGGUGCAGAAUUUGAGUUUCCGCGCAAAGCAGGCAACACAUGAGCUCGUUUUCUCAGCCUAUGUGGAGAAAUUGCGCAACUACUAUAUAAAAAAACGAAUUAACAGACGCAGUGUUAAUGAGCCAGAAAGGGAUGAGUCUAACGAAUUGUUGGCUGGAAGUGAUUUGGAGAAGGAUAUUCAGACGCGCGCAGAGAUCGUUGUUAAAAAUUCGCUUGUUAAAUUGACCUUUGAUGGUACGGGCCAUCUAAACAAGGUUGAAAUGAACGGCAUUACUGAAAACAUCCGGCAGGACUUCUAUUACUACAAGGGCGCAGCGGGUAACAAUGCGGAAUUCAAAAACCGUUCUUCGGGCGCGUAUAUCUUCCGUCCAAAUGGUACGGAGUUUCUCAUCGGCAGCACGGUCAGCUUUAGCAUUUACGAAGGCGCGCAAGUGAAAGAGAUACACCAGCGCUUCAACCCAUGGGUCUCACAAGUCAUACGUCUGUAUGAAGGCCUCAAUCGUGUAGAGUUCGAAUGGCUUGUUGGCCCAAUACCAAUCUCCGAUAAUUUCGGUAAAGAGAUAAUUACACGAUUCUCGAGUGCAAUCAAAUCGAAUGGCGUCUUUUACACGGACUCCAAUGGACGUGAGAUGUUGCGACGAGUGCGCAAUCAACGUGAAUAUUUUAAACCGAACAUGACCGAAAGUGUUUCGGGUAAUUAUUAUCCGAUCACUGCACGUAUUACCAUUGAAGAUGCCACAAAGCGUUUGGCCCUGCUCAAUGAUCGCGCACAAGGUGGCAGUAGUUUGAAAGAUGGCGAUCUGGAACUAAUGCUGCAUCGUCGUCUGCUGCGUGAUGAUGCUUUCGGUGUUGGCGAGGCUUUGAAUGAGACUGCUUUCGGACAGGGCUUGGUCGCACGUGGGAAAGUUUAUCUCGUGUUGGGCAGAGUGAAAGAUACGCCAUCGCGCUACGAACGGAUCGAACAACAGCAGAUACAUUUGCCGUUCUGGAAAUUCUUCAGCAGUGCUUCGCGAGCUAGUAGUGUGAAGGUUCCAAAGAUACCGAUAUUUAAUGUUGCGCAGAAUGUGCAUUUACUCACUUUGGAGCCAUUUGGCACUAAUGAGCGCUUAUUGCGUUUGGAAAAUAUUUUGGACAAAACUGAAGGGGCGUCGGUGACAUUUAGUUUACGCCCCAUCUUCGAUCAAUUGGGUGGGGAGGAAAUACGCGAGACAACUUUGGAUGGCAGCAUGAUUUUGAGUGACAUGAGUCGUUUCAAGUUCCAGCCCGAGGGUUCCAAAGUACGCAAGCCGGAGUAUUAUAAAUCUGCACAUACCCCGCUCUCGGCAAAAAAGAAGGAUUCCUCGAGCAAAUUCAGUAUCACCUUGAACCCUAUGCAAAUUCGUACAUUUAUUAUUAAGUGGAAAUAAAGACGAUAUAUAGAUUAUGAAAAUUA